CGGGCGGGUUUAACUUAACAGCUCUAAAUUGUGGCUUGCGGACGGCUUAUGGCGGGAAAUCGCGCAGUGUACAAAAUCGAACACAUACAGUUAGAGAGAGAGAGAGAGAGUGUGAGAAAGAGCAGUAUCAUGGACAGAGAAAGCUCAGGCGAUGAUUUGCAGAGCUUAAUGGAAGCCAUUAAAUCAUCGGAACUUGUUGAGACUCGUAUUCAGCUGAUCAUGAAGCUUGGGGUUGCAGUGCCACCUGAAAAAAAUCCAGACGUGGAUGCACUUCUAGAAUUUCUCAUUGUAUCCUAUUUUCUAAGUUUUAAAUGUCUUUCAAUGCUAUAAUUCUUAUGUUUUUGAAACAAAAGUCCAUGAACAUAUUCUUGUACUUUUGUGGUCUUGGAGCUUGAAUUUUGCUGAUUAUACUCAUGACCCUGUGCAAUUUGCAGGAAAUCGGACUAUUCUUGUUUUAUGCAAUGUAUUAUAGUGAUUAGUUUAUGUUUGGUGAAAAAGAGUUCUAGCAUUUGCCAGAAUACUUGCUGUUAGAAGAAUGUUUGGUGAUCCUAUUUUCAAAAUGUCCAUAUUACAAUGUCUACUAACUCAUGUUUUUCUUUCCAUACUUAUUUACAGUUGAGCUCACAAGCUGGUAACUUAUAUGUGUUUCAACAUAUAGUUUCUGUAUAUUGCAAUUCUGGCCUGUGACUUGAUGACGAGCAGAUCAUAAUUUCUUAUUUUGAAAUUAAGAGAUGAUUGAUGACCUGAUGCUGCUUCCUCCCAGAUGCAAUCUUAUGCAUAAUAGUACUUUAUUCAUCAUGAUCAGCAUCAUAUAAGUGUCAUAGAGGAUGUUUGCUGAUAUAGAACUUAUGGUUCAUCAUAUGUAAAAGAGUUCUGAGUGAUUUUGGCAACUCGAUAUAUGGCGUUUCUGUCAGAAGCUGGUAAUGAAGUCCCUAAGUUGUAUUAGGCUGUUAGGGGUAUCUUAUCAAGUUUUCUGGUUUCUUAUAUUCGAAAGUCUGCAUCAUUACCCUUAUUUAUAAUUUCUUCCUUGACAAGUGGCUGGAAUUUGUGGGAAGGGUUUACAUGUCUAGAUGUGUCUCAGUGCUUGUUGAACAAAGCGAUCUUAGAUGUGGCUGCCAGAUACCUAGAAGGAGAUAGCUUCAGAGGCCAGGGAAGGUUUUUGACUCUGGGGACUAAGUAGGCCAGUCAGUGGUGUGCAAAGCAUCUAAAGAUGACACUUAUGUCAACUGGGGAUUCACAAGAGGAUGAGCAUUCUAGUGUCCUUUUUCAGGUUGUAUUGGAGUGUUUGAACUUCUCAGUGGGUUGCUUUUUGUUGGUAAUAAGACACCCUACAUUGGGAGAUGAGCUAUUGAUGGAUGCCCUUGGCAAGUUCAUUUUGGAGCUCCUAAGUUUGAUUAAAGAUCUGGUGUCCGAAUUCAAGAAAAUUCAUUCAUUCACUUCAGAAUUACUAAAGGGAGUCGAGUCAGUUCUAGAUUCUGUAAUGAAACUCUGCAAGGUGUAUUCACAAACAGUAAAAUGGGGACUAUGCGGUCAGGUAACUGAUAAAGAUAGCAGUUUGAAUACUGAUGGAGCAGCAGAUCUGGAUCAUGUUGCUAAAAUUAUCAAAUAUACAAUAGAGAAGCUCUCCGAACUAGGGACCGUAGCUGCAGACAGUGGUGGAAGUCUAGUUACGAUUCUGAAUUUGUCAUGGAAAGGCGUUGUUUCUUUGCUGCAGCUUGGAGAAGGAAAAUUAGCCAGGAAGAUUAAUGUAGGGGAAAUCAUUCUGACUCUCAUUUCACUAGCCACUGACUCGCUGAAAUGUGCAGCUGAAACUUGGUGUUCCUCAAUUGAUCAAAUAAUAUCUUUCACUGAAGCUAAAAGAACAUUUCUUCCAAUAAAAUUCUAUCUGAUCAACGCAGUUAGAUUAUCUUCUCAUUAUCCACAUCAAGCAUUUUCUGUAUACCAGGAAGCAACUCUUAGUAUCUUGCUGAUUUCAACCUUGAGAGUCACAUAUAGCAGAGAUUUGAGUUCGAAAAAUGUCUCUGAAGUUAUGGAAGAACUCUUGAAGCCUAUAUCACUUCACUUACUGAAGUCCUUACUAAAUUCAGCAGAACUGAAUAUAGAUCAGAAACUCAAAAUUCUUGGCUGGUUAUUUACUGUUGAAAGAAGCUUACCGUCCAGCCAAUUAGAUCACGACACUGAUAUGCAAAAAGGUUCUUUGGAAGAAAUAUUCUCAGCAUCAAUCAAAGCUAUGCCUUCACCCAAAAUGUUAUUGCUUGGUCGGGUUGCCCUUUUUAUUGAUUUGCUAAACAUUUCUCCUGAUCUAGAAGAAAAUGUAAUACUUGGGAUCACUAGAAAGCUACAUUGGUGUUUGGAUGUUUUGGUUGAUGAAGAGGUUUAUUCUUCUGCUUUAGUUUUACAGAUUCCUGCAUCAUCUGGUGAUGGUAAAUUGGUGGCUCGGACUUGGAAGCCAUUUCUAGUUCAUUUACUUCACGCAUUAAAGAUAUUUAUGAUAGUUGUCUCCAAAACUCAAGCUUGGAGUGAAAUGGAAAUGUUUUUACUUGAUAACUUCUUUCAUCCUCAUUUUCUUUGCUGGGAGAUUAUUAUGGAACUCUGGUGCUUUUUGGUGCGUCAUGCUGAAAUCACCACAGUCAAUGCCGUUAUCGAUAAAAUUUGUACUUUGUACAAGAGGGUCGCCUCUUCAGAUUCCCUUAACUCUUUGCAUUGCACAUUGAGGAAAAUGGCCAGAUCAAUGUGUCUGCUUCUUGCUUCAUGUCCAUCAUCCACAGUUGAUCGAGUUUAUAGGUUUAUUAUGACUGAUGAUCGAUCACGCCUUUCUGCAGUCAUGUAUGCAGCCUUGUUAAUGGAAGGUUUCCAGAUGAAUUUAUUAUCAGAUAACUUGAGGAUUGAUGCAACAGAAAAGAUCUUCAGUGACUAUAUUAGCUUUGUUGAUGACUAUAUUGAAAGUCCAUUGAACUCUUGCAGUUCUGAUGCUUUUGGGUUACCAGCUGUGGCACUUUGCUCUGCUUUGCAGUCAAUGCAAAUUGAUGCUUCUGGAAUUGACAAGAAGACAAAGAACUUCUUGUUAGUUAUUGUCCAAACAUAUAAGAGGUCUACGGACAGGAAAACCAAGAACCAUUGUUGCAGGCUAUUAAGUGAAGCAAUGGGGAUUAUUUCUACUGGAAAGCACUUGUAUGGCAAUGAUCAAAUGGAAGACAUAAUCAUUGAGCUGGAAAACAUGUUCAUCUCUGGGUCUAUUGGCGAGGAAUCUGAAUUGCAUAAGUGCAAGCCAGCUCUAGCUUCUUUCAUGUCUAGUUUGGGUCCUAUGGAAAUGGCAGAAAGCGAAGAAAACGUAAAGACGACAGCCGUGUGGCAGUUAUAUCACAUGUUGCUGAGAGAGAGACACUGGGCCCUCAUUCAUCUUGCGAUUUCAGCAUUUGGAUAUUUUGCUGCACGCACUUCCUGCACUCAGCUCUGGAGAUUUGUCCCACCAGAUGCAGCUUUAUCUUUUGAUCUUAAAUCAGGAACUGAUGCCAACGGGGAAAGGUUUAUGUCUGAGCUGAAGGAUUUUCUGGAAAAGGAAAGUGCUCUUCCUGCAGCAACAGCCUAUACCUCUGAGCAACAUGAGCUUGUUUUGAAGGACGGUAUCAUUCUAAAAGAGUUAUUCCAGAAGGAUUCAUACCUAAGUGUAGAUGCUGCAUCAUGUGAAAUCAGGGAGGUGGAUCACGAAAAUCUAUCCAACAAAAGAAGGAAAUUUCCUGAUGGGUUUAGUAGAGGAAUGGAGUUGUUGCAGAAUGGUUUGAAAAUCAUUGGGGAUGGUCUGUCCGAAUGGCAGCAGCAAGGUCAGCUUGACAAUGCUGAGCUUGAUGAUAAAAUCUUGACUCAGUUCUCGCGUCUUGAAGAUAUGGUUAAUCACUUGGCAGGGUUGGCUGGUAGUGGGUGAGCUGUCUGACUUUGGGCUUAGUGGUCUGUAAUCUGUAAAGUAACAGUUUAAGAAUUGUACAUCUCGACAAGCUGGUGGUAAAUAUCGUAAAACCUUCUUUAUUUGCGUUCAUCUGUUCACAAAUGAGGGACAUGUAUAGUUUCUGUUGUCAAGGAACAAUUCUCGGUUACUUGUAGACGGAAGUUGUAACGUCAAUUGACUAUGUGAUUAUAGCUGAUAGUUCAUCUGUGAUUUGGAAUGAGGAUAUCUUUCAUUUAACA